AGGGAAAAAAAAAGCAGCGCGGAAACAGAAGACAAGAUGCGGUCUCAAACAGCGCGGUCCAUAAACGGACACCUAUCGUUCUUCUACACAAAGCCUCGACUAUGCAGUGGUAAAAGGGCGAAGUGCCAUCUUAACCAAAUCCCACUUUAUGUGCUUCUUUCUUUCUUUUUUUCAAUUCUGGAACUUUUGAACGAAUGAAAAAAAAAACGGCGGCUGGAAUUUUUUUUUUCGUGUACGGUGAAGCCGUUUGGAGCAGAUAAUCGAAAGAAAAUACAUGCACAAAUUAAAUACCUUUGGUCCUGAUUGCAGAAAAUGAUGGCGGAUGCUUUGAAAGACUCAUCUUGAUAGGGGCACCCUCUCAUGAUGAUGAUAAUGAUGAUGCCAUGCUGUGUGGUAAACUUGUCAGAUGACCAACUACAACUCAUUGCAACGGGAUGCUUUCCUGCCUCAAGAUUUGCUCUUUCAAAAUGGAUUUGGUUUUCCUAUUCAUGGCCUUGCCUUCCAAAGGAGAACACUUUAGCAGUAAGCUGCCCAUUUCUUCGUGUUAUGAAAAGUGUCCAGCUGGUUAUUAUAAAGAGGGAAACUGUGACGAUCCCGCUUCAAAGUAUAGAUGUCGAGAAUGUCUCAAUGGCACGUUCACAGCAAUACCCAAUACCCGAGACAAAUGCCUGAGGUGUAAAAGCAUGUGUGGUAUUAAUGAAGUGGAAAUAAAGCCAUGCGUCUCUAACAGUAACACGGUGUGUGAGUGCAAGGACGGAUACUACAAUGCAGGUACCCAUAAAAGCUUCAAUUGCCUUCCAUGCCAGUGUGAAGCUUGUACAGAUUCUGAGAAGAGCCGUUAUGACCAACGGAAAUAUGAGGCAUGCUUCAAGGAACAGGGUUUGAAAGCUGCAGAAUGCAAAAGAAAAUGUGCAACUCCACCUGAUACCACAGCUGCCUUAAUAAACACAUUAACAAUAGCCGCAGGGCGCCCCAAUUUAAACACGACAUCACCAAGUCAAAGUCCGCUUCCAGCAAAAGAUGAUGGACGGUGGAUGGUCAUCAUUUUGGUUGUGGUGCUCCUUUGGCUUCUGGCGCUCUGCAUCUGCUUUGGCUUCUACUUGCGCUCUGCUCCCCACUGGAGAAACAUCAAGAACCCUGAGAACCCUCCUGAGACUCAGCCACCCAGGCGGCCACCCAACCACACUGUUCGUGUGUGUGUGAGGAAAUCCCCAUGA